AUGUCAUCUUCAAAUAACAAUAAUGAAUAUACAAAAAUAAAAAUCGAUAACGAUAAUGAAGACGGGAGGUAUGCACGUCCAAGGCCUCCAUCAAUACCUCAACGAGUGAUGGAAAACGAGAAUGAUAGUAAAAGAACUAGUAAUCCGAUGGAACCACAACAUCAACGUCGUCGUAGUAGCUUAGUACAAAAAAGUGCCAGCAUUCGUAGAACAGCACGUCGCUUAAGUGUUUUAAUAACUGGUGGAAGCGACGAUGAUAAUCAACGUACAAUCAAAUUAUCACCAGAAGAUAAGCUAAUAGACCAUACAACCGAGAAUUCAUUCAUAGAUAACUCAAUUACGACGGCACGGUACACUUUCUGGAACUUUUUGCCGAAACAAUUGGCUGCACAAUUUUCCAAAGUAGCAAAUUUAUAUUUCCUGUUCGUCGCGGGAUUACAAAUGGUUCCUGGCUGGUCACCAACUGGUCAAUUCACCACCAUCAUUCCGCUAAGUGUAUUCAUAUCGAUAGCUAUGGCACACGAAGGAUUCGACGAUAUACGCAGACACCGACAGGACAGUGUCGAGAAUAAUAAAGAUUGUUCAGUGUUGCGAAUAAUAAAAGACAAUCUAACUGGUCAAUACGUGGGUGUUUGGGAUACGAAGAAAUGGAAAGAUGUAAAAGUCGGUGAUUAUAUACGUGUUCAAGCGCAAGAAUGGAUUCCGGCCGAUUUGCUGUUAUUACAUUCGGAGGGAGAGGAGGGAAUCUGUUAUGUGGAAACUGCUGCUUUAGACGGAGAGACAAAUUUAAAGCAGAAACAAGCAUUGAAAUCGACCAAUGAUCUAUUGCAUAACAAGGAAGCUUUAGCGAAUUUUUGUGCUGAAGUAAUCACCGAAAAACCGAAUCAAGAUCUAUACAACUUCGACGGGUCAAUAACAUUAUCAAAUGGAGAAAAUUUACCCCUGACAACAAACCAAAUUCUUCUACGUGGAACCAUUCUUCGUAACACCCCUGAAGUAUACGGUGUGGCAAUAUUCACUGGCGAAGAAACAAAACUUCGAAUGAACGCCUCAAAAAAUAUUCGCACCAAAGCUCCCUCAAUACAACGACUAAUCAAUCGAGUCGUAGUUAUAAUAUUUAGUUUUGUGGUAAUUCUGGCCGCGUCCUUUACGCUUUUAGCACAUUUCUGGGAGAAAAAAAGUGCUAAACAUGCGUGGUACUUUGAAAAUUCAAUACACAAAAGUGAUACGGCGGUUUCGUUGUUUGGAUUCGUGGUGCUUUUUAACACGAUGAUUCCAAUUUCGUUAUAUGUCACAAUGGAGAUUAUCAAAUUGGCGCAAACUUACUUUAUUAAUAAUGAUAUACAAAUGUAUCAUGAACCGUCUGAUACGCCGGCCGAAGCGAGAACAUCGACGAUCAAUGAGGACUUAGGCCAGGUAUCAUAUGUUUUUUCGGAUAAGACUGGAACUUUGACCGAAAAUAUAAUGUUGUUCCGGAAGAUUAGCGUUGGCGGUCGUGCUUUUUUGCAUGACAUGGAUAUCAGGAGAAUUGAAGAAGAUGAGUUUUUCGAAAAGUUGAAAAAGGCUCAGCAGAAAAGAUUGCAUUAUCGAGUUUCUUUACGAAAUCGAGAUUCUCAUUCUUUCAACGAUGAUUCUCAGGAUGCAACCCCAGAGACAUCUGAUAGUGUUAGGAGACGUGGUUCGACAAGAAGCGGACAUUUUUCAAUGAUUGCUCCUAUGACAAAUACAAAAUCACCAUUAUAUGCUAGUAAUUCGUUGUCCUCUUCGAAAUCGUUAAAAGAAGGGAAACACAAAAUGCAUUCAACGCUUGAUCUAUUGACGAUAAUACAACGUCAAAGUCAUACACCGUUUGGCCGGUCUGCUCGAUGGUUUCUUCUCGCUAUCGCAUUAUGUCAUACUUGUGUACCAGAAAUAGAUCAAGAAACAGAUGAAGUUUUCUACCAAGCUGCCUCACCUGAUGAAUUUGCUCUAGUCACUGCUGCCAAAGAACUUGGUUACGUGGUGAUUGAUCGUACAAUGGGAACUGUUUCAUUACGUAUAAAUAAUGAUGGCCCAAACGGACUAAUAGAAGAAAAUCAGUCGACCACGUCAUUUGAGAAAUAUGAGAUUCUGAAUGUGAUUGAAUUCUCGAGUAAGCGUAAAAGAAUGUCGAUUAUUUACCGACUGCCCGAUGGGAGAAUCUGUUUAUUAUGUAAAGGUGCUGACUCGAUAAUAGUAGAACGUCUAAAGCCUCUAAAGAAUAAUGGGAAAUCACAUGAUGAUAAAAAGAAACGAUAUUCUGAUACAACAAUCUCUGAAGAUAUUUCCGAUUCAGGAUUGAUGCCCGAUUAUUUCCCAAUUAGAGAUGAAGCUUGGAAGUAUAAGCAGACAAUGUACCAUAUUGAAGAUUUCGCCACUGAAGGUCUACGAACUUUACUUUACGCGCAUCGAUUUUUGGACGAAGAAGAAUAUGCGCAAUGGAAUAAACAAUAUACAGAAGCAUCAAUGGCAAUAGUAGAUCGACAAGCGAAACUUGAAGAAGUUGCCGACAACAUUGAAUAUAACCUCGAGUUGACUGGAGCUACCGCCAUUGAGGAUAAAUUACAAGAAGGUGUGCCACAGACUAUCGAUAAAUUGCAAAAUGCCGGGAUUAGAGUUUGGAUGCUGACAGGUGAUAAGCGCGAAACUGCCAUCAACAUUGGACAUUCCUGUUCUUUAAUCAAGGAUAAUUCAACACCUAUUAUUAUUGAUUCUGAUUGUAAUUUGAAAUCAUUUAUGGAUAAGACAAUCAAAGACAUUAAGAGUGGUAAAGCGCAACAUCCAGUAGCCGUAGUUGAUGGUGCCACAUUAAUGCUAAUCGAGAAAGAUUCUCAAUUAAUGAAAGCAUUUUUCGAAUUGGGAAUCAUAUGUGACGCAGUAAUUUGUUGUCGUGUUAGUCCAAGUCAAAAAGCACUAGUGGUACGAAGUGUUCGCGAAAGGUUGAAUCAUCACGUGACACUAGCAAUUGGCGACGGCGCAAAUGACAUAGCAAUGAUACAAGAGGCACACGUCGGAAUAGGGAUCACUGGCCGAGAAGGACUGCAAGCGGCAAGAUCAAGUGAUUACUCGAUAGCACAAUUUCGAUUUCUUUGCGAUUUGUUAUUUGUACAUGGACGAUGGUCGUAUAUUCGUGUGUCAAAAUUUGUACUUGGGACUUUUUAUAAAUGCAUGUGUUUUUAUUUGACUCAAGGACUUUAUCAAUUUUUCACUGGUUUCUCUGGUACUAGUUUAUAUGAACAAUGGACACUUUCAUUCUAUAACACGUUAUUUUCUUCACUACCUGUUAUUGUAAUCGGGAUGUUUGAAAAAGACUUAAAAAGAAAGACACUACUCGCCUUUCCUGAAUUAUAUUCCAUAGGUCAAACAUGUUCUGCAUUUAAUCUGAAAAACUUCUUUUCGUGGAUGGGUGCAGCGGUAUAUCAAGCGAUAGUGGUACUCGCUGUCCCGUUUAUAUUACACUCUUACCUCUUAGGCUACGAAAUACGAAGUGAGGGAUCUCCACAAUUAUAUGAACUAGGCCUACAAGUGUACACAGCUGUAGUCUUUGUGGUCACGAUAAAAAUUGCAUAUCUCGAGUGUCAUAAUUGGACCAUUAUCACACAUAUCACAUCUUUUUUGACGAUGCUCGGUUGGUUCCUCUAUCAAACUCUAUACUCGAUAUUGUACCCAUCGAACACCAAUGCUGGCGUCACUUAUGAUGUCCAGGGUACAUUCCAGAAAAUCGGCAUACGACCCGAGUUCUGGGUUAACAUCAUGAUCACGGUUGCUAUUGCGUUACUCCCAAAUUAUUUGGUGAAGAUUAUCAAGGCAAUAACGCUUCCCACCGACGUGGAUAUUUUUCAAGAGAAGGAACGUGAUCCCGAUUUUCGAAAAAAUAUUACUCAAUUGGAAAGUGGCUUUGGUAUUGGUGCUGAUCGUCGACUUAUAGUAUCUUCACUUGUGAAGGUAGCAAUACUGCAACAACAGCCCUUGCUUCUAUUAGUAACACUACAACGAUGA